AUGUGGAAGCUGAAGAUAGCGGAGGGAGGGAGUCCAUGGCUGCGGACGCUGAACAACCACGUCGGCCGCCAAGUCUGGGAGUUCGAUCCCACGCUCGGAACUCCGGAGGAGCUCGAGGAGGUCGAGAAGGCUCGCGAGCACUACCGUAACCACCGCUUCGUUCACAAGCACAGCUCCGAUCGCCUCAUGCGCAUUCAGUUUGCCAAGGAAAACCCAGUUAAGGAUGUUUUACCCCAGAUCAAAGUAAAGGACACAGAAGAUCUGACCGACGAGACAGUUACUACUAUUUUAAAAAGGGCUAUAAAUUUCCAUUCCACACUUCAAGCGCACGAUGGACAUUGGCCUGGGGAUUAUGGAGGUCCUAUGUUUCUGCUGCCUGGCCUGGUUAUUACUUUGUCCAUCACUGGGGCACUGAAUGCAGUCUUAUCAGAUGAGCAUAGGAAGGAGAUCUGUCGAUACCUUUACAAUCAUCAGAAUGAAGAUGGUGGGUGGGGUUUACACAUAGAGGGCCCCAGUACCAUGUUUGGUAGUGUCUUGACUUAUGUUACCUUAAGGUUGCUUGGCGAAGGGGCUAAAGAUGGAAAAGGAGCGAUGGAGAACGGGCGUAAAUGGAUUUUGGACCAUGGGAGUGCCACAGCAAUUACAUCAUGGGGGAAAAUGUGGCUAUCAGUACUUGGAGCAUUUGAAUGGUCUGGCAAUAAUCCCCUGCCCCCUGAGAUAUGGCUUCUCCCUUACAUACUCCCUAUCCAUCCAGGAAGGAUGUGGUGUCAUUGCCGCAUGGUCUAUUUGCCAAUGUCUUACUUGUAUGGAAAGCGGUUUGUUGGUCCAAUCACACCAACAGUUUUGUCUUUGAGGAAAGAGCUUUUUAAUGUCCCCUAUCAUGAAAUAGAUUGGAACCAGGCGCGGAACGAGUGUGCAAAGGAGGAUUUGUACUAUCCACAUCCCCUUGUACAAGACAUACUUUGGACCUCUCUUCAUAAGGCUGUUGAACCAGUCUUGAUGCAUUGGCCUGGAAAGAAGUUGAGAGAAAAGGCUCUGAAAACCGCAAUUGAGCACAUACACUACGAAGAUGAGAAUACUCGUUACAUUUGCAUUGGGCCUGUGAAUAAGGUGUUAAAUAUGCUAUGUUGUUGGGUGGAAGAUCCGAAUUCAGAGGCUUUCAAGUUGCAUAUUCCAAGAAUCUAUGAUUAUCUCUGGAUUGCUGAAGAUGGCAUGAAAAUGCAGGGGUAUAAUGGAAGCCAGUUAUGGGACACUGCUUUCGCAGUUCAAGCAAUCGUAUCAACCAACCUUGUUGAAGAGUAUAGUUCAACUCUAAGAAAGGGACAUAAAUUCAUAAAAGAUUCACAGGUUUUAGAAAAUUGCCCAGGUGAUCUCGACGAUUGGUAUCGCCACAUUUCAAAGGGAGCUUGGCCUUUCUCUACUGGCGAUCACGGAUGGCCUAUCUCAGACUGCACAGCAGAAGGGCUGAAAGCUGUUCUAGUCCUGUCAAAAAUUCCAUCAGAAAUUGUCGGUGAACCCCUAGAUGCGAAUCGGUUGUAUGACGCUGUCAAUGUCAUACUCUCAUUACAGAAUGGGGAUGGUGGCUUUGCGACAUACGAACUCACAAGAUCCUACAGAUGGUUGGAGUUGAUCAAUCCUGCUGAGACAUUUGGUGACAUUGUUAUUGAUUAUCCAUAUGUUGAAUGUACCUCAGCUGCUAUUCAAGCUCUGGCAUCAUUUAAAAAAUUAUAUCCUGGUCAUCGGCCACGAGAAAUAGAACAGUGCAUCAAGAAGGGAGUUGAGUUUAUAGAGAAGAUACAAGAGUCUGAUGGCUCAUGGUAUGGUUCUUGGGGUGUUUGCUUCACUUAUGGUACAUGGUUUGGGGUAAAAGGGUUGGUCGCAGCUGGAAUGAACUACAACAAUAGCUCUAGCAUUCGUAAAGCUUGUGAUUUUCUGCUAUCCAAACAGCUUGAUUCGGGUGGCUGGGCAGAGAGUUAUCUUUCAUGCCAAAACAAGGAGUACACAAAUCUUAAGGGGAAUAGGUCUCAUGUGGUAAACACUGGAUGGGCUAUGUUAGCUCUUAUUGAUGCCGGGCAGGCUGAAAGAGAUCCAACACCAUUGCACCGUGGGGCUAGAUGUUUGAUAAAUUCUCAAAUGGAGAAUGGAGAUUUUCCUCAGGAGGAAAUCAUGGGUGUCUUCAACCGGAACUGUAUGAUCGCCUAUUCUGCAUACAGAAACAUAUUCCCCAUAUGGGCAUUGGGAGAAUACCGCUGCAGGGUGUUGGGAUCUUCAUGAGCCAUACAUUUGUAAAACGUCAUCAAAUCACCCAGCGUAUUUCACUGGUUCAGUGACCCUUUGUAAGCUACACAUUACAAGCUGCUCAAUCAAAUUUCGAAGUGGUCACUCAAAGCUACCUCUUUCAUGAAUCCAGCCCCAUUUAAUUGUGGUUGGCUUGUAUUCCACUUAUGAAGAGGUUUAAUAUGCAUGACGAAUCAACACCUUGUUUGGUCCUUGACUCCUUGUUUAUCUUUUGGCAAGAACAAUCGAUCCCCAAUGUAAAUUAGCAGUUGCUUCGGGUACACUUUUUUGAAUAUAGUACUUCCAUUCGGGAUUGCUGACUUCUGAAUGUCACCUUCCAGAAUAAACUGUCAUCAGGAAAAAUGUCUCGGUCCUCGGACAAGUUCUUUACAAUGGAACUUUUCAGAAAGGAAUUCAUCUCAAUUUUUGCAGU